UCGCGGCGCGGGCGGCAGCGGGAAGCGCCGCGGCGGAGGAGGCUGGAGCGGGCGCUGCCGUGCCCCAGGUCGCCGCACCCACCCCAGCCGCUGUGAGCCUCCUCCGGCGCUCCAGGUGUCUCAGGGCACGGCGGCGGCGCGCUGGCUCCGGCCGUCAGUAGCGGGGUGGCGGGCAGGGUCCCGAACGCCGGGGCGCGGGAGCGGCGGCGCCGGGCCUCUGCGGCGGCUCUCGCCGGGAAGCGCCGCCGUGCUCGGGCCGCGACGCGGCGCAGUGCUCCGGGGGGCGCUGCGAGGGGAGCGGGCGGUCACGGCGGGACAGCAGCUCCGGGGUACGGGACCCCUGCCCCAGGGCGCCGCCGCGGCGUUACCGGUAGCGAGAGCCGAGGGCGGGAGCUUUCUUUUCGCCACUCGUCUUUCAGCAGCGCUGCCUGGGAAAAAUGAUUUCUGAAAGCAAUUCCUUCAUGAAGGGAGUGGUGCUAGGAGGAGCUUUCUGCAUGUUAGUUACACUCCUCGGGCAUAUUAAGGUGGGCCACGGGACUAAAGCACAUCACCACCAGCACCAUCACAUCCAGGCACCCAACAAAGAAGAUGUGUUAAACCUUUCUGAAGGCGAACGCAUGGAGCUUAGUAAAAGUAUCCGUGUUUAUUGCAUCAUCCUGGUGAAACCCAAAGAUCUGGGGCACUGGGCUGCGGUGAGAGAGACGUGGAGCAAGCACUGCGACAAGGUGGAGUUCUACAGCUCUGAAAACGUCAAAGUGUUUGAUUCUGUAGCCCUCAACACAAACGACAUCUGGGUGAUGAUGAGAAAAGCCUACAAGAUGACCUAUGAACGCUAUAAAGAUGAAUUCAGCUGGUUCUUCCUUGCAUACCCAACGACAUUUGCUAUUAUUGAGAACCUCAAGUAUUUCUUACUGAAAAAAGACCCCUCGCAGCCUUUUUAUAUAGGCCACACUGUAAAGUCUGGUGACCUCGAGUAUGUAGAUGGCGAGGGAGGAAUAGUCUUAAGCAUUGAGUCACUGAGACGACUCUCCCGUGUUCUUGAAGACCCUGACAAGUGUCCAGAGCAGGGAGGUAUGAUUUGGAAACUUGCUGAGGAUAAACAGCUAGCAAUCUGCCUCAAGUACACCGGCGUGUUUGCCGAAAACGCAGAGGACUCGGAAGGAAAGGACGUUUUUAACACGAAAUCAGUCAGUGCUCUCAUUAAGGAGGCCAUGUCCACUCACCCUCAGCAGGUGGUGGACGGCUGCUGCUCCGACAUGGCCAUCACCUUCAGCGGCCUGGCCCCCAACCACAUGCACGUGAUGAUGUACGGCGUGUACCGCCUGCGGCCCUACGGUCACACCUACACCGACGCGCUCGUCUUCCUGCCGCCCCCGGGCUCCGACAACGACUGAGGGCUGCGGGGAUGAGCCCUGCCAGCUCUCCUCCCAGCUGGCACUCAGACUGACAGACUCCCAUUUUUGUACCUGUGGUACUGGUGUACAUUUUGGAGGGCGUUUUUUUUGCACACUGAGGUUUAGUAAAGCUCUUCAUUUUAAAAAUGUGGGAGGAGAACUUUUUUGUAAGUUUUUUAUACAGAAAUGCUUCUGGCAUGAAAUGAGAGAGAAGUUGUUAAUGUCUAUGACACAAGGAAAUGAAGUUUAUAUGGGGGGUUUGAACAUGUAAAUAUUUAUUAAUGAAAACCCAAGUGAACUUUAGUCUACUGUUACAAAUAUAUUUUUGUAAGAGUUUAAUUAUUUCAAUCCUUCCACGCAUUUCUAGAAUGUCUUUAUAUCCAAGAUGUACCAAUAAAACUGACUCCAGAUGCA